AUCUAAACAUUGGUUCCUUGUUCUUAUUAUUCAUCCCCAGAACAAGAACAAAUCUCUCUGAGGGACUCGAUUGAGAUCUAACUGCGUGGGAGCACCGACAAUGGCGAAAUCCAGCGCAGAUGACGAGGAGCUCAGGCGAGCUUGUGAGGCGGCCAUUGAGGGCACCAAACAGAGUAUCGUGAUGUCGAUCCGUGUCGUCAAAGGUCGAGGGGUCUGGGGUAAAUCUGGAAAGCUUGGCCGUCACAUGGCGAAACCUAGGGUUCUUGCGCUUUCCACAAAGUCAAAAGGUCAGCAGACCAAAGCUUUUCUUCGAGUUUUAAAAUAUUCUACUGGGGGAGUACUUGAGCCUGCAAAGUUGUACAAACUAAAACAUCUUGCAAAGGUAGAGGUUAUAACAAAUGAUCCCACGGGGUGUACGUUUACACUGGGAUUUGACAACCUUAGAAGCCAGAGUGUUGCUCCACCUCAGUGGACCAUGCGCAACAUUGAUGACAGGAAUCGCCUUCUGUUAUGCAUUCUAAAUAUAUGCAAAGAUGUGUUAGGUCGUCUUCCCAAAGUUGUUGGUAUAGAUGUUGUGGAGAUGGCUCUUUGGGCUAAGGAAAAUAAGCCGACAGUCACUAAUCAAAGAACUGUACAAGAUGGUCCAGUUCCAGCAACAGUGACUGAAAGUGAUUUGAAAGUGACAGUGGAGAAAGAGCUUGUUUCCCAAGCUGAAGAAGAGGACAUGGAGGCUCUUUUGGGCACUUAUGUUAUGGGUAUUGGGGAAGCAGAGGCAUUCUCAGAAAGGUUGAAGAGAGAGCUUCAAGCUUUGGAAGCAGCAAAUGUCCAUGCCAUUCUAGAAAGUGAACCUUUAAUUGAUGAGGUAUUACAAGGGCUCGAGGCAGCUUCAAACUGUGUUGAUGAUAUGGAUGAAUGGUUAGGCAUCUUUAACGUGAAGCUUAGACACAUGAGGGAAGACAUUGAAUCGAUAGAAACUCGCAAUAACAAGCUAGAGAUGCAAUCCGUAAAUAAUAAAGCACUCAUUGAGGAGUUAGAUAAGCUUCUUGAGCGCUUGCGUGUUCCUUCUGAGUAUGCAGCGUGCUUAACAGGAGGUUUAUUUGAUGAGGCUCGUAUGAUUCAGAAUGUAGAAGCCUGUGAAUGGCUGGCUGGUGCUUUACGUGGUCUUGAAGUACCUCAUUUGGAUUCUACCUAUGCUAACAUGCGAGCUGUCAGAGAGAAGCGAGCCGAACUUGAGAAAUUGAAAACUACAUUUGUUAGAAGAGCUUCAGAGUUUUUGCGAAAUUACUUUGCCAGUUUAGUUGAUUUCAUGAUAAGCGACAAGAGUUACUUUUCACAGAGGGGACAAUUGAAAAGGCCUGAUCAUGCUGAUCUGCGGUACAAAUGCAGGACAUAUGCUCGGCUUUUACAACAUUUAAAGAGUCUUGAUAAUAACUGCCUGGGUCCAUUGAGGAAAGCAUAUUGUAGUUCCCUUAAUUUGCUUCUUCGUCGAGAGGCUCGUGAAUUUGCAAAUGAGCUUCGUGCUAGCACAAAAGCAUCAAGAAAUCCAACUGUCUGGCUUGAAGCUUCCACAGGAUCCUCACAAAAUGUUAAUGCUGCAGACACUUCUACAGUGUCUGAAGCUUAUGCUAAAAUGCUGACAAUUUUUAUCCCGCUCCUUGUAGAUGAGAGUUCCUUUUUUGCACACUUCAUGUGCUUUGAAGUUCCUACUCUUGUGCCUCCAGGAGGUGUUGCUAAUGGUAACAAAUCUGGGAACAAUGAUGAUGGUGACGAUGAUGAUUUGGGGAUCAUGGACAUUGAUGACAAUGAUGGAAAAACUGGUAAAAAUUCUGUGGAGUUAGCAGCACUAAAUGAAUCUCUUCAGGAUUUGCUGGAUGGAAUUCAGGAAGAUUUCUAUGCCGUAGUAGACUGGGCUUAUAAGAUUGAUCCUUUACGUUGCAUAUCAAUGCAUGGGAUUACAGAGCGCUAUCUUUCUGGGCAGAAAGCUGACGCAGCAGGUUUUGUGCGUUUGUUGCUUGGGGACCUGGAGUCGAGAAUUUCCCUGCAGUUCAGUCGUUUUGUUGAUGAAGCUUGUCACCAAAUUGAGAGAAACGAACGAAAUGUACGACAAAUGGGUGUCUUAUCCUAUAUUCCAAGAUUUGCAACUCUUGCUACUCGGAUGGAGCAGUACAUUCAGGGACAAUCCAGGGAUUUGGUCGAUCAAGCAUACACAAAAUUUGUAAGCAUAAUGUUUGUGACUUUGGAGAAAAUCGCUCAAACAGACCCUAAAUAUGCUGAUAUUAUUCUCUUAGAGAACUAUGCAGCAUUUCAGAAUAGCUUGUAUGACCUAGCCAAUGUUGUGCCUACCCUAGCCAAGUUCUAUCACCAAGCAAGUGAGGCUUAUGAGCAAGCUUGCACCCGUUAUAUCAGCACAAUUAUUUACAGUCAAUUUGAAAGGUUGUUUCAGUUUGCUCGAAAAAUAGAAGAUUUAAUGUACACAAUCACACCUGAAGAGAUCCCUUUCCAGCUUGGAUUGUCCAAAAUGGAUCUUCGGAAGAUGUUGAAAGCUAGUUUAUCUGGGGUUGACAAGUCUAUCGCCUUAAUGUAUAAGAAGUUGCAGAAGUACCUGACCUCAGAAGAACUUUUGCCUUCUCUAUGGGAUAAGUGCAAGAAGGAGUUUCUAGACAAGUAUGAAAGUUUUGCACAACUGGUUGCCAAGAUUUAUCCCACAGAGAACAUCCCAUCGGUAGAAGAAAUGAGAACCCUUUUGGCUUCCAUGUAAAGAGUGAAUUUGCCUUUUUAUAUAUUAUUAUUAUUAUUAUUAUUAUUAUUAUUAUUAUUGUAUAAUGUUUAUAGCGUCGUUGGAGUAAGAAUGUGUCCUAGCUUGCUGCUGUAAUUCUUUCUGAACUAGCAACCUCAUGUAUCAUCGGCACGGUAUAUAUGUUGUUUGAUGUUGUAUUACGAUAUAUUUAUUCUAUUUUUUUUUUCUCGUGA